GUUUGACAAGCUUGUUAAUUCCGCCCAUCAGCGCCGCGCGCCUCCUCCCCGCCGCGCGAGCAUGGCUGGAAACUACAAACGGGGGAUGAGAGGCGAAGAGUUUUGAAAAGUUGUGCAUAUGAGCUGUUUCUCAUCUCAAACGAGCUGAUCACACAUUGGGAGUAAUUAUUCAUGACUUAAAUGGCGGAGGAACUGUUACUGGAAAACGAUGGCAAAAUCAGCACGCAUCUUACCAAGUCACUGCUGGCGGUGGCGAUCUUGGCGUCGUUUGGCAGCUCCAUGCUCUAUGGCUUCAAUUUGGCUGUUGUCAACUCUCCUGCACAGUACAUCAAAGACUUCUACAAUGAGACGAUGAUAGAAACUUACGACUGGGCUCCGGAUGAGGAACUCCUCACCGUCCUGUAUUCCCUCACUGUGUCCAUCUUUGCUAUUGGUGGGAUGACUGGCGCCCUGCUAGUAGGCAGACUUGUAACCAAAUAUGGAAGGAAAGGGACGCUGGUGAGAUCCACUGUGCUGGUGUUUAUAGGAGGAGCUCUUAUGGGCUUCAGCAGAGCAUGCAGGUUGCCAGCGAUGGUCAUCAUUGGACGCUUCAUCACAGGAGUUCACUCAGGUAUCUCUCUCAGCGUUGUGCCGAUGUACCUCGGUGAGAUCGCCCCCAAGAACCUGCGAGGCUUCCUGGGCCUCGUUCCCAGCAUCCACAUUUGUCUCGGGGUCUUCAUCGCUCAGAUCUUGGGGCUCCAUGAAACGCUGGGAAAGGAAGAGCACUGGCCUUUGCUCCUGUCCCUUGUGGUGUUUCCUACCAUGGUACAGCUGAUGCUGUUGCCAUGGUUUCCAGAGAGUCCGCGGUACCUGUUGAUAGAGAAGGGAAACGUUCACGCCACUAUUGCAGCCCUGAAGUGGUACCGCACUAAAGGAAACAUCCAGGCGGAGGUUGAGGAGAUGCAGGAGGAGCAGCGUUCACUGUCCUCCAUCCAGACUAUCUCUGUCCGUGGCCUGCUCAUGGACCGCUGUGUUCGCUGGCAGGUCAUCACCAUUGUGGUGGUCAACAUUGGCAUGCAGCUGUCUGGCAUUGAUGCGAUCUGGUUUUACACAAAUGACAUAUUUAAGAACGCAGGAAUCCCAGAACCUCAUAUUCAGUACACAACAGUGGGAACUGGUGCCAUUGAGGUCAUCUCUGGGAUGCUGGGGUGUUUUACUAUCGAGCGUCUGGGCAGGAGAUCUCUGAUGAUUGGUGGCUUCCUCUUCAUGGGAUUCUGCUGUGCUGGGAUCACUGUGUCCGUCCUCUACCAGGCGGAGCUGCCCUUCAUGCGCUACAUCAGUGUGGGCUGCGUUGUCGGGAUCAUUGCUGGCUUCUGCAUAGGUCCAGCUGGUGUUCCUUUCCUGAUCACUGCGGAGUUAUUUAAACAGUCGCACCGACCGGCUGCCUACACUGUGGCCGGUUGCCUCAACUGGUUGUCCAACUUUACCAUCGGCUUUGUCUUCCCCUUCCUAGAGAUGACUAUGGGUCCUUACUGUUACCUGAUCUUCUGUGCGAUCUGCUUUGGAGUGGCCAUCUACACCAUCAUCAUCAUCCCUGAGACCAGGAACAAAACCUUUGUGGAGAUCAGUCAGAUGUUCGCCGCCAAGAACAACAUCCUCGAAGAAGAGUUGACUUCCAAUGGUCAUGUGAAAAUGUCUGUGAUGAACGGCUAUGGAACUGUUGGCCUCCAUGGUGAAAAAUAAGAAGGAGAGAGGUGGUGGACCUACACAUCAGUGGUGGUUUCUUCUCUCAGUGUGUCCUCUUGGUUUGUGAUGACUGAAGUAAACGUAGCAGGGGAAAAAGGUAGAACUUUGGCCACAAGGAGAACUGCUGCUUCAUGUGAAAACUACAGAAGACCAGCGCAUACACGCGCACGCAAACUCACACAAAAUGAAAUAUGGGCUUGUCGGUUCAGUUGUUACCUUUUUACAAACACACGAACAUGAAUUUCAGUUUUAACAGUGGAUCCUCCGGUCAAAGUGUAGCUUCUGCACAGUGUCUGAGAUAGAAGUCAUGCGUUUCAAAUCAACCAUCAGUGACAUUUUAAUCCGUUUCUCUGCAUCUUACAGCAUUUUUAGGGGAGCUGAGUUGGUUUCUCACAGUGCUCUCAGAAGUUUUAAUCUCAUUAGCCUCACUUUUUUUUUUUGUUGAACACAUCCCAUGUUGAAUAAAUCUCAUUCAAUACAAAAUGAAGGUAGGGUAUUUAUUUAGUGACACAGCAAUAAGACCUCUACUGAAGGAAGGUAUAAAGGCCAUCUCUCUGAUAUAUCCCUCUAUGUUUAAAGGUCACGAGACAUCGUGAAUAAUAUAAUAUUCACUGUUACUGUAUGUUUACACUGUUCAGCUCAAGGUGAAUGUCUCAACCAAGAACUUGAGCUUUUGUUUGUUCUGUCUGUUCAUCUUUUCGCUCAGUUUGUGAUUUUGUGUCUCUUUUUACAUAAGAGAGCUGAAUAUUGUGGCUACUGUAGUAGUCAUUUCAUGUCUUGUCCAAAUGUAUGCACAUAUGUAAAGAGUUAUAAUUUAUCAAUAUAUAACAUCAAAGUAGCUGUACAAGUUUGUUCAGUCAUUUUUUUAACUGCUGUAUGUUUUACAAGACUUGUUUGUAUAAUAUAUUGAGUAGUUAGUGAC